UCCCGCUCCGGCUCCGUGCGCGGCUCCCCGGGGGUGCCGGCCCAUGGCGGGGCGCUGAGCAACCCCCCCCCCCCCCCCAAGCCCCCCCAAAACAGAGCCGGGGCCGAGUGGUGCCCCCCCACCCCCACCAUGCGCUGGGGGGGCCUGAUCCUGUUCUGCCUGCUGCGCGGGGCGCUGGGCCCAGGACACCCCCCCGGCAGCCCGGCGGUGGGCGAAGGGCGGCGGAGAGCUCGGGACACCUCACCGGGGAGCGAGGGGACCCGCAUCAGCCAGGACCUGGUGGGGGGCAGCCUGGCCAUCGACACGCUGCCGGCCAACGAGACGCGGAUCGUGGAGGACAACCACAGCUACUACGUGUCGCGGACCUACGGGCCGGGGGACGCCCGUCGGAGGGGGCUGUGGGUCGACAUGACGGCGGCCAACAGGAGCCAAGUGAAGAUCCACGGGAUCCUCUCCAACACGCACCGGCAGGCCUCGAGAAUCAUCCUCUCCUUUGACUUCCCCUUCUACGGCCACCUCCUGCGACAGGUCACGAUCGCGACGGGUGGUUUUAUCUUCAUGGGGGACGUCAUCCACCGGAUGCUCACGGCCACGCAGUACGUCGCGCCCCUCAUGGCCAACUUCAACCCCAGCUACUCCCGCAACUCCACCGUCCAGUACCUGGACAACGGGACGGUUUUUGUGGUGCAGUGGGACAAGGUCUAUCUUCAGGGGAAGGAGGACAUGGGCAGCUUCACCUUCCAAGCCGCCCUGCACAGCACUGGGAGAAUUGUCUUUGGGUACAAGGAGAUCCCCGUGCCAGUCCUACAGAUCAGUGCCACCCAGCACCCCGUGAAAGCCGGCCUCUCCGACGCCUUCAUGAUCCUCAACCCAUCUCCCGACGUGCCCGAGUCCCGCCGUCGGACCAUCUACGAAUAUCAUCGCGUGGAGCUGGACACCAGCAAGAUCACCAGCAUGUCAGCCGUGGAGUUCACGCCGCUGCCCACUUGUCUCCAGCAUCAGAGCUGUGAAAUGUGUGUGACCUCGGAGCUGACCUUCAACUGCAGCUGGUGUCAUGUCCUGCAGAGGUGUUCCAGCGGCUUUGACCGAUACCGUGAGGAGUGGCUGUCCUACGGCUGCGGCCAGAAGCCAGAGGAGAAGACCUGCGAGGAUCUAGCAGAAGGCGACCACUAUUCAGCACCUCCCGACAGCUCUUUCUCGCCGCUGGACGAGGAUGUCACCACCUCCACGUCCUCGCUCUUCAUCGACAGCCUCACUACAGAAGACGAUACAAAGCUCAAUCAGUAUGCAGGAAGCGAAGGUGUGGGAAGCAGCCUUCCUUCCAAGAAAGCAGGCGCCCCGAUUCACACAGGUACGAUCGUGGGGAUCGUUCUGGCGGUGUUGCUCAUUGCAGCUAUCAUCCUGGCUGGGAUUUACAUCAACAGCCACCCCACCUCCAACGCGGCCCUGUUCUUCAUUGAGCGAAGGCCACAUCACUGGCCUGCCAUGAAAUUCCGAAAUCACACCAACCAUGCAACGUACUCAGAGGUGGAGCCGGCCAGCCAGGAGAAGGAGGGCUUUGUCGAAGCAGAACAGUGCUGAGCGCUUCUCCCCCUGCGUCUCGAACCUCCCAUGUCUCAAGUGUUGGAGUCUUCUGUUAUUCUAUUGCAAAGUCUUUCCCCUCUUGGAAAAGAAACAGCAAGUAGAGGAAAAAGACCCAGUGGAGCAUUUGAAAAGGAUGAGUCAGGGCGAUGCGAGGCUGGACUUGCCCGGAUUCCUCCUGGGACAGCCGAGCCUGCAGCCCGGCACCGAAGCCCUGGAUGCGGCGGUAGAAAAAAGUGCAGUCGGAGUUUUGGUUUGGCGUGGGUUUUCUGUUUUGGGGUUGGGUUUUUUUUUCCCUGCUGCGUGCGGCUGACCUCUUCCCUCCUCCGCCAGGACUCUUAACAGGGGCAGCAAAGCGGGGGACAAAUCUCGGUACGGGCAAAAUACGCGGCUGCUUCAAGCAGCAGGCUCUCGGGGACAGCAAGGCGGUUGAUUUUUGCUGCGCGCUGGCUCUGCCUGCACUCAGGGAAGUUGGGCUCGUUGCCUCUUCCCCCCUCCAAGGAGAGGCUGGGGGGGUUGGUGGCCCAGGAGAGGUAAGGUUGGCUCUCCAGGGCUCACCUCCCCUCUCCCAUCCCCUCUCCCCCAGCUCCGGCCCUUUCUCCACUCUCUUCCCUUUGCCCUCUUUUGGGGUGGGCGACUUUUAAUUUUGGCUUCGUGGCCGAGAAGCCUUGAGCCCUUGUCUUUUCAUCCUGCAGUUGGUCUUCCACCACCACGGCUUCAACUCCCUGCCCUCCUCUCCCUUCAAAGCAACAGCUUCCCCCCCCCCCCCGCCCCGCUCCAGAGAAAGGGAAACCUGAUCUAUUUUAAGGGCAAAACCCUGCAGGAGGAUUCACCUUUGGGAUGUUUGUGAGCCAAUGGCUCUGAUGCACUUUUUGGCAUCUAACUAGUCUGCUAAAUGACUAUGACCCUACCCCAAAGGAGAGAGAGUGUGAAAAAAAAAAUCUUAGAUUCCUUCAAAAUAGGUCGUCGUGGUGUGGCCGCUAAUCCAGCAGGAACAGAGUAGGGUCUGAUGGAAGAGGAUGGCAACUGCUGAAAGUUGUGUCCUCCCACAGGCUAAAUCCUGAAGUAAAUUCAAGCUCAUUCAUGGGCAUUUCACAUAAAUAAGGAGUGAAGGCAUACGUGCCUUGACACCACUGAAAAUCACCUUGUUAACAUCAUAGUUUUUAGAGUCUACUCAAGUCAGUGGAAUUUUUUCUAUUUUUUUUUAUUUUAUGAUGUCUGUGAUAGGCCCUGGUCUGGAUUUGUACGUAUAUCAUGAUUCCAGAAUCUGACCCUAACUAAGGGCUUUGACACUAGACCUCUCAGGGUUUUCUAUUCCUUCUGUGCAAUCAGAAUUCAAGACUAAUCUGCAGAAAUACUCUACCCUACUUCCACAGACACCAGCCAGAGGAUUGGGCCCUAAACUGAGGAAAGCUUUUAUAAAAAAAGAGAGAGACUGAAGUCCAGUGUAAGGUAGAGUUGUCUUUCCCCCACAAAAAAAAAGGUGUUGGUUGUAUGGGGCUUCUUUUUCUUUUUUUUCUUUUUUUUUUUUUAAUUUUCCCUUGAUCCUCAGUUAUUUAUUCUGAUAAUCAUGUUUGGUGCAUAUUUUAUCCACUGGCUGGUUCAGCUGUCACUGGUGGUGAUUACUGCCAAAGGCAGGGUCUGUCUAAUUAAUGUUUUCCUUCUCAUCUGCUGAAUUUAUAUAGCCAUUAAAGAUAAAUAUGGAUGCUUUGUGGCAUUUAGACCCCAGAUUAUACUUUUUCAUACAUAGCCACUAGGGAGACUUUUGCUGCAUCUUAUUAUGGCGUAAAGGCACCAAAACGCUUAAACAGGGUAAGUCAGACCGAGUCGUGCCAAGAUGUUAUGGCUCAGACAGUCUCUCUUUAGACAUAUUUUGAAGAUAAACUUUAUUCCCAAAUAAAGCUUUCAACUGGAAGGUUGGGUUUUUUUUUUUUUCCAGUUUCCCCGUAGUAGAAAGAAUUCAAAGGGAUGCUGUCAUCUAGUUUUUGCCCAGGAUCUGAUCUCCUUUGAAAUGGUUAUGAGCUGGUAAGGAUUUUUCUCUGGAUUUAACUCUUUUCAAGUAAUGGCCUUGUUUUUAGUGUUCUUCUGAACAUGCAUGCAUGGUAGCAGCAAGAUUUUGGGUACUCCUCUUCCCCUAUAACUGCUAGAAAUGCUAGGUAGCAUCUAAGAGUUCUGAAAUGCUGUGGGGGAAAAAAAAAAAAAAGAAAAUGGACUUUAAAUAGCGUGCAAUUGAGCUGUAUAAAUCACUGGUGCAUUACUACAGCAAGGAUCUUAGAAGGAUUCAGAAGAGGAUCAGAUACUCAGGUGGAGAAUAAUAACAUCCAAGUGCCACAGCACAGAAAUGGCUGAGAUAUGUAAAACAUCUAUACUUCAGGGGAGAUGCCAAGUUCUGAGUGCCUGGAGUAAAAAAGGAUUUUUUUAUUUAUUUUUUUUUUUUUAAUCCCUUUAAGGAAAGAAACAGAACAAACCAGGCUAUUCUGUAGCUGUGCACCAGAGGUUUGGUCUACCUUCUACUGAGGAAUAUGGUUUGGGGUGUUGUCAGGUAGCGCAUUAAUGGCUCCCAUUCAUCAUCUCUAAGACCUUGUGGUAGAGUAGAUGGAAAAUUUACUGCCCGUAGCCAUGCGCGUGCUCCAAGCUGAACAUCUGGAUCCACCCAGCACCUCCCACCACUGCCCAGCCUGGAGAAGCAAGGCACUUACAUGCUGUGUCUCAAGGAGGAAAAAAAAAAAAAAAAAUAUUCUGUCCUACCUUUUGACAUGAGGUCUAGCUCUGGGCUCUUGAAGUACACAUCUGGGGAGGUCGCGAGUCAGCAGGGAGCAAUCUUUUCUGAAUAUUCUUUGCACGUGGCUUUGUAGUGGAAGAGAAGAGUUGUCUAUUAAAUUCUGGAAAACCCAAUGGUAAUGUAGCUGAUGCCCGGAAGAAAGAGGAAAAAUGUCUUUACCAUUAACAAGUACUGCACUAAUGUUGAAGAGGAGAGUCUGGGUGCAGGUGUAACGCUGGCUGCACCAAGUCAAAAACCUCAGGACCAACCCUCCUUUCCUAGCGUGGAACUCCGACUUCAAGAUGCCGGUUAAUCUUGCUAGUCUCGAGUGCCGAAGCAAGAACGUGUGACGGUGUGGCGACUAUGACAUAAAAAUAGUUUGAUUUUGCUUUUAAUCGUGUGGCUUCUCUAGCCACAUCCUGAGUUUUUCCUCUGGAUUCUGAUGAACCCAGCACUUGGGCUUGCUUCAGAGCAGACUGCCUAAUGCACAUGUGUAUACUGACCUGUAUAUUUUAUAGCUAUAAAAUGGGCUGGGGCUGUUAGCUGUGCUCAGUCCCUUGCUCAGCUGGUUUAAAAGAAGAUGCAAAACCCAAUCAACCGCUCCGGCCCCUCGUUUGUCUUUCCAAGCGCCGUGCUCGGGCAGUUUUGGGGCGCACGGCAGGAGACGCCGGCCCGUGUCCGCGCCUUCGGGAGUCGGGAAAGCGCAGCGCGGGGUUUGUCAGAGACCAGCCAGAGCUUCUGCUCCUAGGGAAGUUGGGGGCUAGCCCCCCCCCGUUUUUGCUAUCAAUGGGAGCAGGACCCAGAUCAAAAAAUAUUCUCUUAAUAACUAAAGGCCUACUUUCCACAUACUUGAAUUUACAGCACAGUUGGACUAUUUUGAGAGACUAAAGGCACUUUAACUGUCUUUUAAUGCAAUGUAUUUACUAUGGAUUAUCUGCAUGGAACACAGUCUUAAUAUUAAAAAAGAAAAUCUUCCUUUUGGACUGCUUUGUUUUCAAAAUAAAACAUGCAAAGGAU